UUGACUUCCCAGCUCUGACAUAGCGUCACCGGUGAAACCAGAAGACGCACUCCAGUCCGCACCCACACAGAGAGAAGAUGUCCGAGCCCAACAAGUACCGUGAGUGGAUCCUGGAAACUAUCGACUCCCUCCGCUCGAGGAAAGCCCGUCCGGAUCUGGAAAGGAUUUGUCGAAUGGUUCGGAGGCGCUACGGGUCUGACCCAAACCGAACCAGGACGGAGCUGGAAAAACUCAUCCAGGAGCAGACGGUGCUCAAAGUUAGCUACAAGGGAUCCAUCUCCUACCGAAACGCGGCUAAGGUGCAGAGGAAAUGCAGAAAGAGGAGCGACUUGGACGGAGGCGCAGAUGCGGCGCGGAACAAACCCGAUCAUCCGAACAACAACGGCGACAGCGCGCACAGCUUCACCGACCCGGAGGAGGAGCCGCCGGAUCCCCGCGGCGGAACAUCCACCAGCAGCCGCAACAAAAAGCUCCAGCAGCCUUCCUGCUGCUUCAGCGGUGGCGCAACAACGAGCUGCGCUGUCGGGAGCGGCUGCGAGGAGGAGAAAGCAAGUGCACCGAGAGAGGAGGGAUUAGGACGGCCGGGAGCGGGGGGCUGCCCCGGAGCAGACACUGAGGAGGACGGGGGGAAGAAGUCCGAUCUGUCCGGAGCUGAAACUUGCUCCGACAGCCGAGCUCAGACCCAGAGGCAGACCGAGUCCAAACUUCCACUCACAGGAGGGAGCAACAAAGCAGCGCACCGCCACGCCAACUCAGAGCUGCGCGACAAACUGACGGCUCUGUCCGAGAGAAGCCACCGAGGAGGAGCAGGAGGAGCAGGGGGCUCCUCCGCCGCGACCAGAGGCCACGUGAAGCCGCUGGGCUUAAAGGAGAUCCUGGGCUACCUGAGCAGCCAGGAGCAGCUGUCGGAGGAAAAACUGACCCGAGGCAAAGUCAAAGCGGUGAUGGAGAGAGAGGUGGAGAGGGGCAGGCUGCGCAGGACGCGCUGCGGGAACAUCACUCUCCCUCUGCGGGGGAUGGAGAAUCCAACCGCUGACAGACUUGUUGGGAGAAGCGCACUGCAGGACGAGCGCGCAGCGGCGAAGACUCCACCUCCAGCCCCUCUGGAGGACGAGGCCAUGGAAACCUGUGAGAAGGAAGAGGAGGAACAGGGAGGACAUGAGGAAGAGAAAGAGGAGGAUGAUGAUGAUGAUCCCAGGAGUUCUGAUGAGGAUGGAGGACUUUCCCCGGUAGCCAUGACAACCGAAGCUGGACUUGCUGAGAACAACAGAGAAGAUGUGGGCUUUGAGAGAGAGCUGAAGGAGGAGAGCCCCCAGCAGCAGAGGCAGGAUGGAGAAGCUGCUUGCUCCUCAGCGAUGUCUGAGCUUGACCUUCCUCUAGAGACCCAGUCUCCACCUCCUGACGGAGCCUCCUGGUCUGAGUGUAACGGCGCACACCCGGAAGAGGCAGCUUUCACUUCCGAUCAUUUAAGUUAUACACAGCGUGAUGAAAUAAACCUCACCGCCUCAAGCUUCAGCAACGUGGAGUAUAAAACAGAGGUUGGCGCUUCGUCCUGCAUGCUCACACCAACUGCCUCUCCCAGGGACUCCAGCCUCCCUGAAGAGCGAGGAAUAAACCACAGCAGUGGAGGGCAUAUGAAUUUGGACAGCACCAGAGUAAGCCCUGUAUUCUGGACCGUGUCUGAUGUGGUCAGUUAUAUCACAGCUGUGGGUUUCCCUGAGCAGGCAGCUGCCUUCAGGACCCAGGAAAUUGAUGGGAAGGCUCUCCUCCUGAUGCAACGCAACGAUGUUCUUACUGGGCUGUCAAUCAAACUUGGACCUGCCCUCAAGAUCUACGAGCGCCACAUAAAGGUUCUGCAGAAAACACACUUUGAGGACGAUUUCUGCUAACAACAUGCACCAAAUAGACCCAGACUGUUCUCUUAAUAUCUAAAUAUACAGCUAAAGUAGUAUACAAAUGCAUGCAUGAUAGAAGGUAGGAUUAGUUUUUCUGCUAGUGAGGAAGUCAACAGUCAGACUCAGUUCAUGUUCGAGUCUCUGCUGCCUGUUUGGUCUCUAUGGAAAAGUGGCUGGAUUUUAUAGUAGGAUUUUUCUACUGAACGAAGCACAAACGACAGCCAACAAAAAGUAGAAUUUUAGAACAUUUUCAUAUGUAAAGAUUCAAUACAAAUGUUUACUUUCUUGAUGCACUUUUCCUUUUUUAUAUUAACUGAUCUGCGUAAGCCUGUGAUUUUUGUUGUAUCUAAUGCGCAUGGUGUCAGAAAUCAUGUUUUGGUUAAAUAAUAGGUCUGUGGUGUGAGAACCUCACACUUGUAGGUCAGCUUAUUGUUUGUAUAGUGGACAUUUUUUUUUUUAUAUAUAUAAAGCAAACUCUAAACUCCGGAAGUAAAUAGUGAGCUUUCAUCUGAUGAGUUCAAGCUCAAUGGGUGCUUGUCUUAUGGGUUUUUGUCUGUAGCCCGAGGGAACUGAAUUGUCCAGGAAGAAUUUGCAAUAAAAGGUCCAGAAUAUUUCACACAUCAUUUCCUAAAGGUUGGAUUUGACCUUUUAGAUUAUAUCAAGAAUAAUUUUCACUAAUUUGCUAUUUAGCUAAAACCACGGUUAACAAUUCAAACUUGUAAUUAGGAUCUAAAUUGAGUUUCUCUGUAAAGAAAAUCUUUUUAAGUUGCUGAUUACCUUUUUAAUGGUUUAUGGACAGGCUCUUGUAUCUUAUUUAUCGCUGUAACCAGACGCUUCUCAUAAAAAAUAAUAAAAAUUAUAAUUAGAAAUAAAUAAGUCAUGAUCAAACCUCUGCAGUACUAGAUAGUUACUUAAGCCAUUUAAAUCAGCUUUCACAUCUACACAGGACUGGAUUUGGACAGUUUAUAAUCUGAAAGAUCAAGAGCAAGAACAUGCCUUCUCUGGAUCAGCAAACAUGACAACAAACCCUAGAAAAUCUACUUUAGUUGUUCUGUUUGUUGACUUUCCAUUGCUGCAGAAAUCUCUAUGUAGCAAAGAAAAUGUUGGUCCCACAGGUUCUAAUGUUCAGUAAAAACCAGUUGAAGUCUUCUCUAUUCUGCUCAGUCCCUUGUCUUUAUCGAUCCGUCCUUAAAACCAUAACAAAAGAAUAUUUUCACAUACGUAUGUUUGAGGUUUUUGCAUUGGAAUUUAAAAUUGUUAUAACGACUUGGGUUGGAUGUAUUCCAGUUUAUCUAACCUGGAAUAUUAACUCUUCUGUUCUUUACAGUUUAUUCUCUCAAAAUUAAGUGGUAAUAGUCGGCUUUUUAAAGGAGUCCUUUCUUAUUUGGUCACAUGUCUUUAGAAUUUUUUUCCCCAUAACAUUAAAUCUAUUGAGUAAAAACAGUUUGAAUAUGAACUACAGAGAUGUUUAGUUGCAGCUCUUUAUGACAACUGGUCUAACCAUGAUUUAUUACGUUUUCUUCUUUAUCCAAUUAACAAAAGCAAACACCUAGAAAUUACAAUUUUGAUGUAUUCUUGUUCAUAUUAGACCCUUAAGCAUCACUGAUUCUCUGCAUGAAAACAUACUGCAUAUUUAUGAGUAUGGACAAGGAUGCACUAAUAAAUGAAUAAUAAUAAUAAGUCCUGUUUGCUCUCUGUUUAAAUCUGUCUUGUCCACAUGGGCAGAAGAAACUAUGUUCCACCAUGUGCUUAUCUGAUAUGUUCAUUAAACUGUGGGUGCAAAUAAAAUAUUUUAUACUCCCUUUUUGAACCAUUGCUGAUAUGAAAUAAGCAGAUAUUCCAGGUUUUGCACUAAACAUUUGUUGCUGUUUUCUUUUCCCUUUUUUAAGCACAUUGGUUUGUUUGGCAACAAUUUAUACUGAGAGACGUUCCUCUUUGUGCAUUUCAACCUUCUCUACCUCUUGCUUUAUGUUUAGUUGACAAAGCAUUUUCUGUCAUUUCAUCCUGUUUUGGAUUAGAUGCAAAUGUUUGAAGAAAAGGUUGUGUUUGACAAUGUAGAAAAUGUCUUUUUUCCCAUGUGUUACUUGUUAAUGAACAAUUUAAA